AUGGGUGAGGAUGUGAAGCGCAGCCUGGCCAGUGAAAGGAGAGCAGGAGAGUCAUCGGGUUCUCUUUCAAUUCCCAAAGGCCUUAAAGGAAAGUCAUCGGGUUCUCAUUCAAUUCCCAAAGGCCUUAAAGGAAAGUCAUCGGGUUCUCAUUCAAUUCCCAAAGGCCUUAAAGGAAAGUCAUCGGGUUCUCAUUCAAUUCCCAAAGGCCUUAAAGGAAAGUCAUCGGGUUCUCAUUCAAUUCCCAAAGGCCUUAAAGGAGAGUCAUCGGGUUCUCAUUCAAUUCCCAAAGGCCUUAAAGGAGAGUCAUCGGGUUCUCAUUCAAUUCCCAAAGGCCUUAAAGGAAAGUCAUCGGGUUCUCAUUCAAUUCCCAAAGGCCUUAAAGGAGAGUCAUCGGGUUCUCAUUCAAUUCCCAAAGGCCUUAAAGGAGAGUCAUCGGGAGAGUCAUCGGGUUCUCAUUCAAUUCCCAAAGGCCUUAAAGGAGAGUCAUCGGGUUCUCAUUCAAUUCCCAAAGGCCUUAAAGGAGAGUCAUCGGGUUCUCAUUCAAUUCCCAAAGGCCUUAAAGGAGAGUCAUCGGGUUCUCAUUCAAUUCCCAAAGGCCUUAAAGGAGAGUCAUCGGGUAAUGCAACGCAGUGCCUCCGCCCCCUCACCAGCGCGAGGGACUCAAGUGUGCCUCCGCCAGAGGGUGACGCCUCUCGCUCCAAGGUGAAGGCACUGUCAGCACCCCUGCACGGGUCUUGA